AGGUUUCUUCGCCAUUUAUUUAUAUCCGUCGGUAUGGAAAUCAAGUUCAACGGCUGUAAAGGGAUUGUAUAUUAACAAUAAUAGCGAUACAAACUAACUCACUUGCUACAAACAAAUUACUAACUUUUCAACGCUAAUAGAAUAUAACUCUUCGGAAAGUAAAGGCAUCGUUGGAUACAAACAUAUUGCCACGUAGUUGUAUUCCGAUAAUUAUAUAUAAUCCUUUGUCAAAAUUCGGUUUACGAAUACCCCUAUCGGCCCUCUAUGUGGACGACCCCGAGUAUGCGCAUAGUACGCGUGGCAAGCAUCAUGGAAACCGCUGAAUCUUCGCCUAUCCCUGUGUUGGCAGUAACGGUGGCUGUUGGAGCCGUUGUUCUAUUAAUUUCACUGAUUUGUAACUUGGUUUCGAAGCAGGGAAGUAAAGAAGAUAGUGUAAAGUCGGAAGUCGUGAACGACCAGGCCGAGCUAUCGAACGGCAAGCAACAUGAAUCCAAGAAGAGGGACAGGGUGGCAGGCAAGGGAAAGAGAGAUGCAGGAAAAGACACGUUCACCCACCCAUGGCUUGCGAGCUCCCUGAAAGGCCACAGCGAUACCAUACUUGGCAUGGACCUCAGCCCCAAUGAUAAAUACCUGGCCUCUUGUUCUGGAGAUCGAUCCAUUCUGCUGUGGAAUGUGAAAGAGUUUGAAAAGAAAGAACACAAGUCUGUGCGAGCCAAUGUUGAGCUGGACCAUGCAACUCAAGUUAAAUUCAGCCCAGACUCUAGGGCCUUUAUCACGAGCAUUAGCACUGGCAACACCGUUCGCAUCUUCAAGAUUGGGAAAAAGGCCGAUGGAUCGAUGGGAAAUAUAAAUGCUGACCCCGAGAUGGAUUUCCCGAAGAAGCACAAGGCGGAGAUCACUCACAUCGGCAUCGCAUGUACGGGAAAGUUCAUCAUGACUGCGUCCCUCGACACGAUCAUCAACAUCUGGGACCUGAAGGGACAACUGCUUACGACGCUGGACACCCAGCAAGUGCAGAACUUCUACAGUGCCGUGUCACCAUGCGGCCGCUUCGUUGCCACGUCUGGUUUCACGCCCGACGUCAAAGUGUGGGAGGUGGUGUUUAGUAAGACUGGUGACUUCACGGAAGCACGGCAGGCGUUCCAACUGACGGGCCACACGUCGGGAGUCUAUAGCUUUGCCUUCAACAAUGACUCGACGCGUAUGGCGUCAGUCUCAAAGGAUGGAACUUGGAAGCUCUGGAAUACAAAUGUGGAGUACAAGAUGAACCAAGAUGCGAAGUUGAUGAAGACUGGUCAGUGUCCGGGUCCCGGCCAGAGUCGCAUCGCUCUCUCACCAGAUGGCAGGACCAUCGCGCUCGCCACGGACCGCGAUGUCUACGUCUACAUCGGUGCGACCGCGCAGGAGGAGGCCAGGAUGCUCAACGUACACGAAGCUCCGAUCAGAGAACUGAUGUUCAACCAGAUGGGCAACUUCCUGAUCUCGGCCGGCGGCCGGCACAUGCGCGUGUUCCACAACGUCGUCGGUUACAAGGCAGCGAUCACUGACCUCAGGGAGCGGGUGCGGACGGCGAAGACUGAUUCCCUGAGGCAGCGGCUGCAGGAACAGGUCGCAGAGACGGAGAAAAGGUUAAAGGAGAUCUUGGGGCGAACAAAGUAGUUGUACGGGUGCAGUUCUCUGUUCGAGCAGGCAAGACCGGGUCAAGUGUGGCCCUCACAGGACAUGCAGGCAUCGAAUCAUGCUCGCCCGCACUUUGGGAAAUAUGCUCGUUGUCCGCCUGAAAGAGCUCUCUUACGUUGUGUGAGAGCUCUUAUGUGUGAACUUUCUUUAUCGCAUGAGAAUUUUAUCAUCGCCACUCAUUUCUGUAUUAAUUAAGGCAAUUCGAAGAGCACUAUUCCAGUAAGGCCGAUUUCAACAGUAUCUCCUGUCGUCUGUAGUUUUAAUGGUAUCACGUCAUCCAGGUGGUGUCCCUUGAAUAAGUGACCAAGUUUCUCCAGUAUAAAGCACUUGGAGGUGAAGUAUUGAUUACCGCAUUAAGCAAUCAAUAACGAAUUAAAGCCGCACUAUGCGCAUCCAAACGCUAAUUUCUCCAGUACUAGACUAGCAAAUACUUCGUGUCAUGCAUAA